CUUUAAUGAUCUUAAACCAUUUAUAACCUUCGUUCUCACCCAAAAUUAUCCAUUGAAUUUGCUGCUUCUUCUUCUUGACUCCUUUUACCUUAGGGUAAAAUCACUAAAUUUACUCCAAUUCUGCUUGAAGUUUUGAAGAUCGAUCGAGAUUGUUCGUGGCCAUGGCAAGCGAAGAAUUACAAGGCAGCGAUCUUCACAAUCAAGCUCAAAUGGCGCCUGCGCCAGCUCCGACUCCGUUGCCUCCUUAUCCUGAGAUGAUUUUGGCGGCAAUUCAAGCGUUGAACGAGGAAAACGGCUCGAACAAAUCGGCGAUCUCGAAGCACAUCGCGAAGGAUAUCGAGGCGACCUACGGCCCGAUCCCGCCGGCGCACUCGGCGCUGCUCAACCACCACCUCAACAAGAUGAAGUCGUCCGGCCAGCUGAUGUUCCUCAAAAACAACUACCUCAUCCCCGAUCCCAACUCGCCGCCGCGCCGCGGCCGCGGCCGCCCUCCCAAGCCGAAGACGCCGCUUCCUCCCGGAGCUGCCCCGCUCUCUCCCCGCCCCCGCGGCCGCCCUCCCAAGUCUCACGACCCCAAUGCUCCCCCGCCGCCGCCGAAGAGCCCUAACGCCGCGGCUCCUUCUCUCUCCGGGAAAAAACGUGGCCGGCCACCGAAGGCCAAGCCAGCUGAUGCGGAUGUGGAUUCGGCUCCAGCUCCGGCUCAGAAUCCGGAUCCGGCCGCCGAGGGAGCGACGCCACGUGGACGUGGAAGGCCACCGAAGGCCAAGCCGGCUGAUGCAGAUGUGGAUUCGGCUCCAGCUCCGGCUCCGGCUCCGGCCGCCGAGGGAGCGCCACGUGGACGUGGAAGGCCACCGAAGGUUAAGCCGGCGGCGACUGCUUCUGUAGGGGCUUAAUUGAAAGAAGAGUGGUAAUCUAGGGGCUUUUAGGCUAAUUUGUUGUUGCAGUGCUAUUUAUUUUCCUUAUUUGCAUCUUGAUCCUUGUAAUUUGAGUGGCUUCUAGUUUAGGGAUGGUGAGUUGUAACUUUGGUGUAAAUUGAUUGGAUCACUUUUAAUGAGAAAAGAAAAGGGAGAGGAAAAAAGAAAGAUUCUUUUCAUGUUUUAA